AUGUCUAGCACACGCAGAAUUCCAAUGUCUCUUGUGACAGUGGUGACAUUGUUGUUCCUCUCCAUUGGAACAACCAAUGCAUUAAUGCCAUACACGAGGACCCUUUGGGACAUGAUGCUCCCUUCGGAUGACCCUUUCAGAAUCCUUGAACAAACCCCACUUAACAUUCCCAAAGGCAUUGAAACUCUUGCUUUGGCACGUGCUGAUUGGAAGGAAACACCUUCAGAACAUGUCAUAGUGUUGGAUCUGCCAGGGUUGAAGAAAAAUGAUGUGAAGAUUGAGGUGGAGGAGAACCGCGUGUUGAGGAUCAGUGGUGAGAGGAAGGGAGAAGAAGAGAAAGAAAAUGAGAAAUGGCAUAGAGCUGAAAGGACUAAUGGAAAGUUCUGGAGACAGUUCAGGUUGCCAUCAAAUGCAGACUUGGAGCAUGUUAAGGCUUCUCUUGAGGAUGGGGUGUUGAAGAUCACAGUGCCCAAGUUGGCUGAGGAUAAGAAGAGGCAACCUAAGAUCAUUAACAUCGCUCAAGAAGAAUCUGUUGCUGAAGAUGUUAAGGCUACCAAGGCUGAAAAGUGA